AUGAGGAAAGCUGCCCGUAGGGGAGAACCAGUCUGCUGCUAUGACUGUAUUGUUUGUUCCAAGGGAGAGAUCUCUAAUGAAACAGAUGCCAGUAAUUGUUUCAGCUGUCCAUAUGAUCAGUGGCCUAAUGAAAAGCAGAGUGCCUGCAUUCUAAAAUCAGUGGACUUCCUUUCUUAUGAAGAGGUUCUGGGUUCUGUUUUGACUGUCAUCACAGCAUGCUUGUCCUUAAUUACUGGAUUUAUCUUAUGUAUCUUCAUUAAGUACAGGGAAACUCCAAUUGUGAAAGCCAACAACCGGGAACUCAGUUACCUUAUUCUUACAUCUUUGUUCUUUUGUUUUUUGUCUCCUUUAAUAUUCAUUGGUCAGCCAAAAAUACUAACAUGUUUGUUGCAACAAAUUGGCUUUGGCAUUAUAUUCUCCCUUUGUGUUUCUGGGAUCCUGGCCAAAACUAUUACUGUAGUUAUUGCCUUCAAAGCAACAAAGCCUGACAGUAACCUAAGGAAUUAUGUGGGACCAAGGACACCCUAUUAUAUUGUCAUUGUCAGCUUAAUAGGUCAAGUCUGUAUAUGCAUUGUAUGGUUGGCAAAAUAUCCUUCUUUUCCUGACCAGAAUAUAAAUAUAGAAGAGGGGAAAAUGAUCCUGGUAUGUAAUGAAGGCUCACAGAUAAUGUUUUACUGCAUGUUGGGAUAUCUCGGCCUCCUGGCAUGUGUUAGCUUUGUUGUUGCCUUUCUAGCCAGGACAUUGCCAGAUAGUUUUAAUGAAGCUAAAUUUAUUAGUUUCAGUAUGAUUGUGUUUCUCAGUGUCUGGCUGUCUUUUAUUCCAGCAUACCUCAGCACAACAGGGAAAUAUAUGGUAGCUGUGGAGAUAUUUGCCAUUAUUGCAUCAGGUGUAGGAAUUAUUAUUUGCAUAUUUUUCCCAAAAUGCUAUAUUAUUCUACUAAGGCCACAUCUAAAUACAAAGGAACAAUUAAUGGGAAAUAAAAGUUCUAAAAAAAUAUAG